CUCACAAUCUUGUUCUUCCCCACAAAUACCCAAUUGAAUAGUUCAAUUUUUUUUAUAUUUGAUUGAAGAUGUCAGGAAGAGGAAAGGGAGGUAAGGGGCUGGGAAAGGGAGGAGCGAAGCGCCACCGUAAGGUCCUCCGCGAUAAUAUACAGGGCAUCACAAAGCCGGCGAUUCGACGCCUUGCUCGACGGGGAGGAGUAAAGCGUAUCAGUGGCUUGAUCUACGAGGAAACCCGUGGAGUUCUCAAGAUAUUCCUGGAGAACGUCAUUCGCGACGCCGUGACCUAUACCGAGCAUGCAAGGAGGAAGACGGUGACCGCCAUGGAUGUGGUCUACGCGCUCAAGAGGCAAGGUAGGACUCUGUAUGGAUUCGGGGGCUAGAUGAUUUUAGGGUUUAGGGAUUGCAAUCGAAGCAGAAUUUUAGGGUUCAGUCGAAAAUUACAAGUUGGGUUGUGUUUUAAUCUGUAAUUGUUCUAUCAAUUACGUACUCUGGUGGAAUUUCGAUACACAAGGAUUAUGGCCUAAAUGGUCCUUAAGCUAUAACAAAUCUUUAA